AUGACCUGGACUGGUGUGUUCGAAAACCUUAGCGUUCAAGACCUCAGUCGUCCACAUUCCCGCAUCAGCUGGUCCGCCGGCACUCUCAAGGCGAUACUUUCGUUUUGCGCCGAGCACCAAGUCUCCGAUCGGAACCGUCCAAGCCCAGAGCAGCUGGUUCAACUACUCAACAAAAUUGACGCGCCAACGAGCGAUGUUGAUGCGUGGAAGGCGGCAGGCACCAAGACUUUGGCUUGUAUUGCUUCGCGUACGGCGCAGCUGGCUAAGGCGGGAGAUGUGUUGAAAGAGGUGAAGAGCAAGGAUGGAAAGUGGGUUUGUCAGUGGGCGCAGUAUAGCCUGUUGUGGACGGAUAAGGAGUGGACGGGAGAGACGGUGGUUGUGGAAACUGAGCUUUCGCCUGCCGAGGCGAAGAUGCUGAGGGAAUUUCGCCCUGUAGUUGCUCGUCGCCAUGAGUUGGGACAUAAGCGUCUUGUUGAUGCUGCUGCGCAUGUCUACCAGCAACGUCUCAAGGCUGGAGAGGCAUUUGCUGCAUUGGUGAAGGAGGAGGACAGCGCCGGGCUGACGAUGAAGAAGAGCAAGAAGCCGAAGAAGGAUAUUCAUCUUCGCAACAACAGCACACCGUCCAAAACCGAUACCAACGCCGGCGUCAGCACUCCAAACUCCACCUCCAGCAGCCCGGCUGCUGUCAAGACCCCCGUCCUCCCGUCGACUAUGGUGGCCUUGCCACGCCCACGCCAAUCGCCAGUGGCCAUCCCAUCGCCAAUUGUUACGGAUUCCGAAUGCUCCUUCACGGACUUCAUCGAAGCAUCAGUUCGCAAGAACGCGAAGCUGAAGAAAGCGGCAACCACUUCCACGUCCAUCGAUCCCAUCAAUAUCCCAGCUCGCAAGGAGAACGAAGCAGCAGCCACCACCGCCUUCUCCUCCGUCCAUUUUACCGACGUCCCAGCUCGCAAGAAGACCAAAACGCCUACCUCUGAGAAGGGACUGACCCCCCUAUCGCCACCAGCAACGCCUCGACCAUCUCAGUCACCACUCUUGCCAGCAGUAGCUACAGCUCCAUUGAACGCGAGCGUCGUCGACAACGAUGACUGGUUGAACAUCUGAGCAAACGCCAAAGGAGCGGGAAAGAUACCGAAGACCAGUCUUUUGGUUGCGUGGAUCGCUCAGAAAGCAAAGUUGCGAUUGAGGGCAUUCUAUUUGCCACACGGACGUUUAGCCAAAGACAAAAGAACGAAGAAAAAAACAAAAGACGCUCUGACGCAACGACUCGAAUUGCUACUGUCGAGCCAUCUCGAAGGUUGCUUGUUCUGUUAGCUUACCAGGGCAUUUUGCUACAAAUCAUAACACGUUGAUAUCUUUACUCACAGUCCGUGUCCAAAUCCGUGUUCACUCGCCGGGCCUGCAGGCUGCAGGGAACGAAGUGAAGCGUUCUGUCGCCGCGAUAUUCCCCUGCUCUGCCUACAAAAUAUCGACCUCUUUGUCAUAGAGCCCAACUUGUAUCCUUUGUUCUUUCGUCGUAAGCAAAUGUAUUAUGCAUGCUCUAGACUUUUCUCGCCAUGUCAG